AUGCAAUGGCAAGACUUCCUGUCACCUGUUAAUGUAGAUGAUAACUUCACCUUAGGGCAUGUGGUGGUAAUGCUGCUAUAUGACUCUUUUUUCUAUUGUUUGGUGGCCUGGUAUGUGGAAGCUGUAUUUCCUGGGGCAUAUGGUAUGCCCCAACCCUGGUAUUUCUUCUUGCUGCCUUCCUACUGGUAUGGGAAGCCAAGAACAAUUACUACACAACAUGAGGAGGAGGAAGUACUUGAGAAAUCUUCACAGAAUGAAUUCUUUGAACCUGAACCUGCAGACCUACAAGCAGGAAUAAGGAUAAAAAAUCUCUCCAAGACUUAUUUGAUUGGGAGAAAGAAAAAACAAGCUAUUAAAAACCUGAGCCUAAACUUGUAUGAAGGGCAAAUAACUGUACUUCUAGGACAUAAUGGAGCAGGGAAGACUACCACCCUAUCCAUACUCACAGGUCUCUUUCCUCCUACAAGUGGACACGCAUACAUCAGUGGGUUUGAGAUUUCACAGGAUAUGGCUCACAUUCGGAAGAGUCUAGGUUUAUGUCCUCAGCAUGAUGUCUUAUUUGAUGAAUUGACAGUUGCUGAGCACCUUUUAUUUUAUGCUCAGCUAAAAGGAUUGCCUCCCAACAAGUGCUCUGAGGAAGUUGAUCAUAUCUUAGCCAUUCUGGAUAUGGAACAAAAACGUCAUGCUCUUUCAAAGUCAUUGAGUGGGGGAAUGAAACGGAAGGUUUCCAUUGGCAUUGCACUCAUAGCAGGCUCUAAGGUAGUGAUGUUGGAUGAACCAACAUCUGGCAUGGAUCCAGUGUCAAGGCGGAGUACCUGGGAUCUACUUCAGCAGCAGAAAAGUAAACGAACCAUCAUGCUGACCACUCACUUUAUGGAUGAGGCUGACCUGUUAGGGGACCGCAUUGGCAUUAUGGCCAAAGGGGACUUGCAGUGCUGUGGCUCUUCACUCUUCCUCAAACAUAAAUAUGGUGCAGGAUACCACAUGGUUAUUGUGAAGAAACCUAAUUGUAACACUGAGGAUAUUUCUGAACUGAUUUUUCAAUAUAUACCAAAUGCCAUUCUGGAAAGUAAUGUUGGGGCUGAAUUAGCAUUUAUCUUGCCCAAAGAGAGCUCAGACAGAUUUGAAGCUCUAUUUACUGAACUGGAAGAGAGACAGGAAGAGCUGGGCAUUGCCAGCUAUGGUGCCUCUGUCACUACUAUGGAAGAAGUCUUCCUUAAGUGUAGGGCCCUGGCAGCAGCCAUGUUUGCUGCAGCCUUGUCUCUGGAGACCCUCACUGUCCCAGAGCUAGAGAUUGGAAGAAUAGAUGCCACAGAGUCUACAGUCAUUGACACUAAAGAUUCCCAGUUGUUCAGUGGUUCUCCUGAAACUGGCAAAUCUGAAAGCAAUGUGGCAGGAAUAAGGAUUGUACAGUAUUUCAAGUUUUUUCUUCACUGCCAGCAGUUUUUUGCCAUGUUGACAAAGAAGGCUAUGUAUAGUUGGCGUGAGUGGAAAAUGAUAACAGCACAGAUUCUGGUGCCUCUGACUUGUACUACAAUAGCUCUUAUGGCCAUCAACUACUCUUCUGAGAUUCCAGAGGCGCCUCCUCUCACAUUGUCUUUAAAUGAACAUCGUGAAACAACUGUGCCUUACAUUAUCUCUGGAGUUUUUCCUCUGCGCUCAAAGCUCAUAAAAUACCUUGGUGAAAUGCUGGAAUCUGACAAUCAUGUAUCCUUACAAAUUACAGAAAACCUGGAAGAGGAGUUGCUUGUAAGAGCAGCUGAGAGUGAAGGCUUUAAUGACCGCUGCCUUAUAGCACUUUGCUUCAAAUCCAAAAAUAAUGAGUCAGUAAUCACCAUUCUCUUCAACAAUCAGGCAUUCCAUACUCCUGCUAUGGCCCUGGCAGUGGUAGAUAAUCUUCUCUUCAAGUUGAUUUCUGGUCCCAAAGCUUCCAUUACUGUUAUUAAUCAUCCUCAGCCUCGAAAUUCCUUAGAAACCGCAAAGGAGCACUAUUUUUGGGGCCAUAAGGGAUAUGACAUUGCUAUCAACAUGCUCUAUGGUAUGGGUUCAUUAGCCAGUACAUUUUCUAUCAUGGCAGUUAGUGAAAGAGUCAUAAAGGCAAAGCACAUUCAGUUUGUCAGUGGAGUCUAUGUUAUUCAUUUCUGGCUGUCUUCCCUGUUGUGGGAUCUCACUGUCUUCUUCAUUCCCUGUUUGCUGCUGCUGGGGAUAUUCAAAAUCUUUGACAUAAAAGCUUUCACUGAGGACAACCACCCUGCAGAUGCAUUGCUGAUAUUAAUGUUGUACGGCUGGUCCAUCAUUCCCCUCAUGUACCUAAUGAGCUUCUUCUUCAUGGCAGGUGCCACUGCCUUCAUAAGACUCAUCAUGUUCAACUUCUUCUCAGGCAUUAUCACUUUAAUCAUCCUCUAUGUCACAGGCUUCAAGGCAUUAAAAUUGGAAAAAGUUACUGAUAUUCUGGAUAAAGUAUUCCUCCUGCUACCUAACCAUUGCUUAGGGAUGUGCCUCAGCAGUUUCUACAACAAUUUUCAGUCCAAGAAAUACUGUACCUCCUCUACUGAAGCAGCGAGUAAAUGUGAAUACUUACGUAUUAAAUAUGAAGAUAAUUUCUAUGCAUGGCAAUCUCCAGGAAUUGGAAGGUUCCUUACUUCAUUAAUUAUCUCUGGCUUUGUUUUCAACAUUCUGCUUUUAUUCAUUGAGACCAACUUUCCCUGGAGAAUGAAAACCUUUAUAAAUGUCCUCUUUAGGGAUCCUCGGCACUGGGCAAAAGUGCAAGCCCAAGAAUCCUUGCUUCCCACAGACCAAGACGUGGAAGAUGAAGAAAAUAAAAUUCGGAAUUACCUUCCAGAGCUUUUGCGUACUUCUCCACUGGUUAUUAAGGGACUUACAAAGAUAUACGAGAGUAGAAAGCCCUUGCUGGCUGUAAACAGGAUCUCCCUAACCGUCCAGAGAGGAGAGUGCUUUGGAUUGCUUGGCUUCAAUGGAGCAGGGAAGACUACUACCUUCAAAAUGCUGACAGGGGAUGAAACUAUCACCUCUGGGGAGGCCUUUAUUGAUGGAUUCAGCAUCAUCACCCACAUUAAAAAGGUACGACAGAGAAUUGGUUACUGCCCUCAAUUUGAUGCCUUACUGGACCAUAUGACAGGACGAGAGACUCUGGUCAUGUAUGCCCGGCUUCGUGGCAUCCCUGAGCGUCACAUUAAUAGCCUUGUGAAGGAUGUACUACAGGGGUUGCUCUUAGAGGCCCACUCGGACAAACUCAUCAAAACCUACAGUGGUGGCAAUAAGCGUAAACUGAGUACUGGUAUCGCCCUGAUCGGAGAACCCUCAAUUGUUUUCCUGGAUGAACCAUCCACAGGUAUGGACCCUGUAGCACGACGACUGCUCUGGGAUACAGUAACACGGAGCCGUGAAUCUGGAAAAGCCAUCGUCAUCACCUCUCAUAGCAUGGAGGAAUGUGAGGCCUUAUGUACCAGGCUAUCCAUCAUGGUGAAUGGGCAGUUCAAAUGCAUAGGCAGCCCACAGCACCUCAAAAGCAAGUUUGGGAGUGGAUAUACUCUGCUGGCCAAGGUCAAAAGUAAGGAAAGCCAGGCAAAGAUGGAGGAAUUCAAGAAAUUCAUCAGAUCGACAUUCCCAGGCAGUGUCCUAAAGGACGAGCACCAAGGGAUGGUUCAUUAUCACCUGCCUAGCAAGGACCUCAGUUGGGCAAGGGUGUUUGGUAUCUUGGAAAGAAGCAAAGAUGAAUACGAACUGGAAGACUACUCCAUUAGUCAAAUCUCCCUGGAGCAAGUCUUCAUGAAUUUUGCUCAUUUGCAGUUUACAGACGACGCAUAUUCAAGACAAAGAACUUAGUUGUGAACUGGGAUUUGAUCAGACUUUCCCCAAAUAAAGGCAAAUAUAUCUUCAGAUGAAGAAGGGAAGGUACCAUCUGGAAGAUGUAGCCGCAAGUGUACCUGAAUUGGUGAAAAAGUGUCCUCAUAUUAAAUUGUGUAUA